AUGAUUUUCUCCGUCAAAUCAACUCCGUCCAGCAUCAGCCAUGUACCGCAACCCUCAUCAUCGUUGGAGGUCUCUACGGCAGUGAACCCCCCUGGAAAUGUCGGCAGCUGGAAUACAGCCUUGAUUGGAGAUGCCGCCCCGUCGAACGCACACAAAAUCCCGGAUGGGAUGCGACCAGUGCAAGAAGAGAAGAGUCAAGGUGAAACAUCUGCAGGGCCUUCGCCUUCGCCUAUUGCAAUCUCCAACGGUGAGAGGCUGCCUGAGACGGUCAGUCGGCCAUCGACCGAUCUGGUAAUCCCGACUCAAACCAAAUGUUCCAGCCUGCGGGAGCUGGAGCUCAUGCACAAGUACUCAACGGAAACAUACUCGAGUCUCUCUAACAACCCAUUGGACUAUCAUGUCUGGCAGAUGGCAAUUCCACGGAAGGCUCUUGACCAUGAUUUUCUCCUGAGUGGCAUCCUUGCAGUUGCUUCUUUGCACAUAGCUUCUACUCUUGAGCCACCAGAUGCUCUGUCCUACAUUGACACUGCUAUGGAAUAUCACAACCAGGCAUUUGCUCCAUACCGGCGAGCUAUAGAUAAUCUGACCCCGUUGAACUGUGAUGCGGUCUUUGCCCACUCCGUGCUCACCACCGUCAUUGGCAUCGCUCUACCGCGGCUGACUGCGGAGCGCGACGAGAGCCCGAGCAUCACUGAGAAUGUCAUAGUCGUCUUUGAAUUGUUGCAAGGUGUUAGUAAAAUCUUCAGAAUCAGCCGUCAGUGGCUCAAAAUGAAGCUUUUUACAUCGCAGGAUGAGGUCGACAAUGGCCCGGCUGUGAAGCUAGACAGCGAAACAGACCAUGCCCUGCGUCGAUUGGCCGCUCUGAAUGAUGAUAUCGUGGCCGCUGUUGAUCCUGAACAGUACCGUAUUGUGAAGGAAGCUAUCUCCCUACUUCACGGUUGUUUUACUCGAUACGCUACGUGCAAAGAUGCGGCGUCAGUUCUUAGGUGGUUGGCCACUGCUAGUAAUGAAUUUGCACAUGCCUUGAGAUGUCGGAAGCCUUUCCCGCUCAUGGUUCUUAUGUAUUGGGGAGUGCUUCUGGGUGAACUCGAUGGGACUAUGUGGUGGGCGAGAAACUCCGGUCCCGCUCUAGUCUCAGAGCUCCUCGCCGUCUUGCAACCUGGGGAUAUUCGGUGGGAAGAGGCGCGGUUAUGGCCGAAACACAAAAUGGGUCUUUGA